UGCUGUUUAAUCGUGCGACUCAUUUUGGGACGUUAUCAGAAGCGGAGUUUAGUAUAUAUUUCUUUCAUAUCUUCAUUUCACAUACAAACAACGUUUAUGGAGGUUCUGCUAAGCUGUGAAAAGAGAUAAACAACCACAUGCAUCAUCUAGAGCGACAUUAAGACUUAUCCAUGCUGAAAGGUAAUAAUUAAUUCAACAGUUUGUCUAGUCGACAGAUAAGAAAUACAAGAAAAUAAUUUGGGAACAGAACCCUAUUAUGAUGAAUGAUACAAACAUUGAUGCGACUGAAGAAAUACCAGAAACACCUACUUUUACUGAGUCGCCUACGACUAUAACGCCUACAUCUACUAUAAAUGCAGAACUGUCAGACAUAGAAAUAGAACUCCAUCCGAAACAACGCAUAUUAAAAGUUAGCAGUAUUGAAUCUAUGAAUAGUGAUAAUUCAUCUGCCACCAAUGUUACUGCUGUAGAAAUCAAUCAGUCCAGCACAACCAGUGAACCUGAUACAUUUACCAAUUACUAUCAAAUGUUUUUAAAUAUUAGAAAACAAAUUCAUAAGAAACAUAUGAGUAUGUUUCCUGUGCAACCAAAACCACCAUCUGGUUUUGAAGACUAUCUUAUGAACAGGCGCACGUAUGUUUUGGAUGGUAACUAUAGAAGCCGUGUGGUAAAUACACAAACACCUACACCAGCUAAUUUACACAAGCAUUUAAAAAAUAUGUUUGUUGAACAAGAAAAAGAGAGACAAAAGCUUCGUGUUCAGCACUUAGUAGAAAAAGAAAAAUUGGUGAUGAGUGUUGAACAAGAGAUACUGAGAGUUCAUGGACGCGCAGCUCGUGCCUUAGCUAAUCAGCCAUUACCAUUUUCUGUAUGUACUAUACUCAAUGACAAUGAAGUAUAUAACAUUAUGACACCUGAGCAAGAAAAAGAUAAGGAUGGGCACGGACAUUCUGGUUAUAAUGGUCGUAUUUUUUUGUCAUGGCUACAAGAUAUUGAUAAUAAAUGGGAAAAGAUUAAGAUUGAUUUGUUACUGAGACAACGCAAUGAGGCAGAGGGUUUACAUGCUAUACAGAAAAUGAAUUGGGGAUGGAAGUUGAAAGAGAUUCAGUUGCGUACCUAUAGCAGCCUGGAACCCAAUAUCGACGAAGAGCAUGUACCGAUAGUUAAAGUCAACAAAGAUUUCGAUCAUUUUCCCGCUUAAUCUAAUUAUGUUAAUUAUUAACAUAUCAGUAAAGUGUCAACUGUAAAAUGAUAUUUGAUUAUUAUAAGAAGAUAUAGUUCACAUUAUUGUUAUAGAAAAGAUAAAUAUUUUACUUGACAACUUCCGAUGUUUAUCACUUGUAUUUAUUCCUGCCAUUUUAUCAAUAAUAUGAAAAAUGUUUUCUCAAACCAAAUGUUACUUUUUUUCACACCAUAUUAUUAAUUAGAUUAAGAAUAAACUAAUCGUUUUGAAACUGUCUUUUCAAUGAAAAGCUCAAUGAAAUGCUCAAUUAUAACAUUUAAUGCGACCUAUUUGUAUUCAUCAUCAUUUUUGUUGUUUAAUUUUCAUAGACUUGAUUUUAAAUGUUUACCUUAAAUAUUUUUUAGUAACCACCCAGCUUUGAUGAGCAACACUAAUAAUGAUAAAUACUAAAAAAUGAAAUAAUGAACCAAAAAUAUAAUAAGAAUGGGUACCUAUAACUAAAAUCUUGUCUUAAGUUUAAAUAUUUUAAAAUAAAAAGCUAUCUAAUAGGUAUCUUGAUU